AUGGAGAGCGGAGGUGAGGAGGGCGAUGCCACCGAUGCCAGUGGUCACUCUUCCUUGGCCAGGGAUGAACUAACCUCACUGAGUGCCCUCCAGGUCGCAGAGGAGAACCCAAACCUUGGGGAAGGGGAGUUAAGCCUGAGUGAAAUCGCUCCGAAUGUGCUGAAGAAAGUUGAGGAGGGAAGUGUCCAGGCUGGAGAGAAGAAGGAGAGCUGUGGUCCUCAGCCUCCUGAUGCAGGAGAGCCCGGCACGGUCGCUGCGCUGAAACAGCAGAUUGCUGCCCUGGAGGAGCAACUGAGCAAGAAGAAGGAAGAGCUCGAGCAGAUCAGGGCAGUGUUGGAGCAGCAGGAUCACGAGAUCAAGGAGAAGGAGAAAAGCAUUAAGUUACUGGCCAGCUCCAAAGCUCAGCUGGAAGAGAAGCUGUGCCAGCAAAACACGGAAGAGGCCAAGCCACCGUCCAGGCAGAGUGGUGGGGCUUUGCAGUGCCACGAUGCUGCGGUGAACACUGACCUCUCGCAGGUAACUGGGGCCAAGCAGGGCCAUGAUAAAGGCAUCAACGUAAAUAUACCUGUCUCCACCAGAUCCAUCGGAUGCAGCGUCCACAGAGCAGACAACAUGAACGUGCAGGCGAUGGAGCUGGGUGGUCGGAGAGAUCGGGGACUGGCAGAUGCUUGCCCCGGUGUCAGUGGAGAAGGACCUGGACAUUUUGGUGAAGCCGACACUGAGGCUGGCCUUCAUGCACCGUGCUUCACCCAACUGAAGAUUGAUGAGCACCUCAGCGAUGACAAUCAAAAUCACAGGAAUAACUACAACACCCAGAGUCCCACUGCUCACGCCGUGACUGCAGAAGGCUAUCAAGGAACAAAAAUUGGCUCAAACACAGCAGAAAACAAGGCAGGCUUUGGUGAAGAUACACCUCAAGAUGGGCUGGAAGAGGAAGGUCCCCCUGACCACGAGGAUCUCCCUGCUGUUGACCCCAUCGGCCAAUAUGUAAAAAAAAUCCAGGAGCUUUUGCAGGAGCAGUGGCUGUGUUUGGAGCACGGCUACCCCGAGUUAGCCAGCGCUAUUAAACAGCCAGCCUCCAAGCUCAGCUCCAUUCAGAACCAAUUAGUUAAUUCCUUAAACUCCUUGCUGUCUGCCUACUCUACGCAAGGGCCCGCGGAUAAGGAGAAUUCGAACACACACUAUCAACAGUUGGAAAUCUCUCCAACCACAAAUCUUAAAUCUAUCAUGAAAAAGAAAGGUUAUGGUUUCCAUGCAGGAGGCAAUGGGACCAAAAAGAAUCUUCAGUUUGUUGGGGUAAAUGGUGGCUAUGAAACGACUUCAAGCGAAGACACAAGUUGUGAAGACAGCCCAUCGGAUGGGGACGCGGAGAGCGAGACAGAGAGAAGAGCUGAUGAUUUGGAGCCCACACAGGCAAAAGCUGGAGGUGAAAGUGAGGGGGCUUCAGCAGGGACCUCCUCGCAGGAGAGGUGUGAAGAUGAUGACCCGCAGGAGCCAUCAGCAGAAGCAGUACCUUGCCCUCAGCCCAAGGCUGACAGAUGCAAACCCUCUGAAGAUUUCCUCGCUGACUGCCAGCUCCUCAGCAAGCACCUCUCAGAAAUCAGGACCACAAGCGACAAACAUCUGCGGCACGUCCUGAACACCGUCUGCCAGGAGUGGUUCCGGGUGUCAAGCUGCAAGUCUUCCAGCCCAGAGGUGGUUGCAGCGUAUCUCAAGGCACUGGAGGCCAUCCAGCCUGAGCUCCUGGCGAUGGUGGUGAACCUGGCUGACAGGAACGGCAACACGGCUCUUCACUACAGCGUUUCCCACUCCAACUUCCCGAUUGCAAAGCUCCUGCUAGACACAGGUGUGUGCCGCCUGGACCUGCAGAACCGCGCCGGCUACACGGCGGUGAUGCUCACCCCGCUGGCCGCUGCUGAGACAGGCGAGGACAUGGAGGUGGUGAUGAAGCUGCUGAAGGAAGGGGAUGUCAACCUGCGAGCUGCACAGGGAGGCCAGACUGCCCUGAUGCUGGGGGUCAGCCAUGAACGGGACGACAUGGUGCGAGCCCUCCUCUCCUGCCAGGCUGAUGUCAACCUGCAAGACGAGGAGGGGACGACAGCCCUGAUGGUGGCCUCUCGGUUGGGCAACGUUGACAUUGUCAAGCUGCUCUUGGCCCAGCCCGGCUGCCAGGUCGCGCUGACGGACAAGGGUGGUAACUCAGCCCUGUCGCUGGCCCAGCACGAGGACAUCGCCGCGCUCCUGCGAGCCCAUGCCGAGCACAACCCGUCCCUCUCUGCCUGA